CCAACCCGAUUGCGUUUCACUGACCCCGAUAGAACCCAUUUAUUUUCUAUGAGGUGCAUCUACUGCACCAUCUUAGCCAUGGAUACUAGAAAACCUUAGACUUCUAGGGAGUGUGCUUGUAAUCAAAUUUAACAGAAUAUGGCGGAAAUGUUACAUUCUACACGGUAACAAUGAUGUAGCCGUGUGUGUGUGUGUAAAACAUCGCUACAAGAGGCCGCUAUCGAAUGUAGAAAAAUCAAAGAUGGCAGCCGCAUUGGGGGAUACCCCCAGUAGCUGGGAUAAUCAUGGAGAUAGUACAGAUGCUGUGGCAGAAAAGGGCCCUGCUCUGUCUCUCCUGAUGGACAAACUACACGGACGUGCUGCCCAGCACAAAAACUGGGAUGACAGCAUCAAGGCCGUCCGCAUGGCCAUCAUGAAUGAUAAGCGGCAGCAGUCGGAUGCUUUGGAGCGGAUGCACAUCCAGACAUGUUUGGACAAACUACAUCGGGCCAUUAAAGUGGUGAAUCAACAGUCUUUAUUGGAGAGGUUGGAAUCCAUUGCCCGUCAGCUCGGUCUGAGCUUCAGUGUGCCUUCUUCACCAGAGAACCGUGCUGUCAUCAGCUCCGAGAUGUUCGGAGUGGAAAUUAUCAUGGAAACUGGUGGUGUAGUUAAAGAUGUCAAGGUUUUUCACAAUGGAGAUCCAACGAGUUGUGAGGAGCUUACAGAAAUAUUAAGUAAGGGGCAGUUUGACGAGUUUGUUGUUCACCUGGAAGGUUUGCAGGAUAUCUACAAGAUACCAGGCGACAAAAAACAGAAGUCAAAGGCCUUCUUAGCUUUGCAUUCUCUGGAAACAGAUCUCAACAACCUUGCUCAGCUACAAAGUGCUAUAAAGGGGGUGGCUAACUGUAUCCACAAGUCACCGCUGGGAAUUCUGCUGCCGAGGAAGGGUGGAUGUCCAAUGAAGUUGAUAUACUUUGUUUCGCCCUAUGAUCUGUUGGAUAAGAAAACCAAAUCACCACAUCCAAUGACUGUAGAAGCUAUAACGGAGUACGAACUAGGCCAGAGUGUGACCGUGUGUAUAGAGCCCUGCAGUCCUAAUAAAUUACAAACCAUACCGCUGAUGAGUGUUGUCAAACAAGAUGGCAAGAGUCUUCCUUGCUUCCAAGGCCUUUCCAAUGUGAACAGCUGUACAUUGUCUGCAAGUUUUGUGUUGGUUCUUCCUCAGCCGAUUCCAGUAGCCAUGUCCAAUGUGCAAUCUAUACAAAGUGUAACAGAACUUGAUGUAAUAUCUGUUGGUGAGACAAAGCCCUUGCUACAACUUAUAAACCAGCAUGCUGCCAAAUCAAAAAGUCAUGCGGAGGGAAAUGAAUUUUUUGUUACGUUGCCAGACCAGCAGCAUGUGUACUUCAUGAGUGACAUCAGUGGGUGUUCACUGGACCAGCCGGCCGUGAUGGUCAGCCGAAUCCCGUUCACACACCCAACCAGUGUAGCCCAAGUUCUUAACCACCUCCGACAGCAGGUCAUCUUUAAUACCGUCAUAGAGAGCUGUAUUCGGCCUAAUGCACAGCAAGAUAUCAAGAGUUCAGUGGUGUUUGAUUUAGCAGCAGCCUCCUUACAGAGUCUGACGGUUACGUUUGAACAUCCGUUACAAGAUACCAUGGUCACGGCGGAUGUGGACCUAUGUGAUAUUACCAAUGUCAAGUUCAAAGUUUGUAUAGGCCAGGAUGGCGAGGAGCUCUGCUCCGACGAUAUAGCAACGAAAAUAUUCCAAAGGUGUUUGUCUAUACCUGUCACCCUGCGAUCUGUAAUCCACAAGGUGUCAGAAAAGCUACGCAAAGAGCCAUCACCUGAACCUGUACCUACAAACAACCACAGGAAGCAGUGGCCAAACUUUCUCCCUAUUCGCCACAAUCCUGUACAUUAUCAUAUGGACAAUAAAAUCCAACAGACAAAUCUACUACACAAUCUGUUGCCACCACAACAAGUGCCCAUCAAGAUGCAGCCCAACAUGGCUGUGCCCCUGGGCCUACCUCAGAACCCGUCGAUGGACACUAGCACAACCCCUACGGAUGACAAGCCUAGUAGUAAUCCCCUCCUGGCUACUCUUCUGGACCAGGACUCGCCCAGUCCCGAUUCAUCUCCCGUCACUCCCGUCAACGAAAGUCCCAUGUUGUCCAAGUUACUGGGGGAUGAUACUCCUGCCCUAGCCUCCAGUAUCCCAGCCCCUCGCCCGCAAAAACCUAGAAAAUUAGGCAAGAGACGCUCAAGAGAUACACUUAGUGGACGAAGCCCGAAGCAUCGAGUGUCAGACAGUGAUAGUAGUAGUGUUAGUAUGGACCAUUUAGAUUCCAGUAUUUCAUUUGAUGACUUACAUCAUCCUGGUAUUGGAGGUGGAGGGGUAGGGGCAACAGGGGGAGGGGUGGGUCAUCCCCUCCCUCAAACUCGGGAAGGAAGCACAUCUAACAUGACUAUCGACCUUACCACACCGGAACUGUAUCCCAUGGAAUCACCCAUGAAGAAGUUAGAGAAUACUUUGGAUAGAAUUAUACCCAAGGACCAACAACAAUACCACCAGCUUCAACAGCAACAACUUCACCACCAACAACUACAACAGCACCAGCAACAGCAACAAAACCAACAUCAGCAACAAAACCAGCAGCAGCUUCAAUACCCACCACAGCAUGAUCUACACAGUCGACAGGAUAAGGAAUUACCCAUGUUGCUAUCCGAUGGCAAGGAAACGGAUAACAGAAAUUUUUACCCUACAACCAAUGCCGGGUCAAAAAACGAGAUAUCGUCUACCUCUCUUGAGGCGCUCCUCAUCGGGUCGGGAGAGGUAACUAAGACAACAGAUCCAACCUUCUACACAAACAGUCAAACCACUCUUCGCGGGGAACUCAGAAAGGGACUGACGUCACCGGGAGUUGGGAGACAAAACUCUAAUCAAAAUGCUCAAAACCAACAUUCCGGGGAGUCUGGGGAACAUAACCCCUCUAGUGUUGGCUCUUCCCGCGGUUCAACUAGCUUUUCCCCUAACUACAGUGAUUGUGACACUCCAAGGGAAAACAAUUAUAAGUCUUGUGAUAGUCAUCCCUACAGUCUGAGUGCAAUGUUGAGUAGCAAUGUUAGCAGUGGUGCUAACAAAAUGGCAGCUAGCUUUCCCACCACACAGAUGGUGUACAGCAACAACGUCAGUGUGCAACAGCGAGAAAUUAAACUCGAUAAGAUGGAAAAUUCCUCACUACGAUCGCUAUUAGAUGGGAAGAAUCGAUUAGAAAACAGUAUUGUGAAUAAUGAUAUUCCGAUAAAGUCCGAACGGAACAUUAAUCUUAAGUUGACAUUAAAGAGGGCACCUCGUGUGAUGGAGAGUUCACCAUCCCAUGUCUCGGAUGUGUCAUUGCCAAAGAGUAAAAGUACAGGAAUGUUUGACUUUCAAAGUGACGAUGAUGAGCCUUUUGAGAAUUUUAAGGAACGUCGGAAUAUGACAGUGAGUGUAAUCGCCCAGUCCCCAACAAGGCUUCAGAUUAAGCCUAAAAUGGCAAAUAUUUAUGACUCAAACAGUGGCAAAAUUGACAAGUACAAAAAAAAUGAGUUAAGACACAGUAAGAGUGUAGGUGAUACGGGCAAGAGGAAACGAAAGUUAGACUCCAAAAAAGAGAAAAAGAAACGUAAAACUGGAGACCGAGGCAGUGAUUCCAUGGGAGAAGCAGCUGUGUAUACAACUUCUACUAUGGAAACAGAGGUAAAAAGUGACAAUUUGAAGGUGAAGUUUAUCAAAAGUGGUAGUAAAGUUUCCAUGGAAAGUAGUCCAAAGACUUCGUCUCCUUCCUCAUCAAAAGACAGAGAGAAAGGAGAGAGUUCGAGGAAGGCUUCAAAAGAGCAUUCAGAAAAAUAUGAAGUGUCUUCUGUAAAGACUAAAUCCUCAUCAUCUAGUAGUCAAAAAUCUUUAUCAUCGUCACAUAGACACCGUUCAAUUUCAUCACCUAGUGUUACGGUCAGUAAAGCAGACUCGAAGCUCAUCACCAAAACACCAACGAUAAAGCUGAAGCCCAUUACUAUGCCUCACAGCUCCUCUGUAAAUGUUCCUUCUGUCAAAGCACCAACGACCAGCUCAUCAUCCUCAAGCAAGAACUCGCUCACCCCAACAUCAGCAACAAUAGGGCGAAUAGGGGCGGUGUCGUUGGCGACCUCUGGUAGUUCUAAAAGUGGGUCAAUGACACCGCCCCCUUCUGGGAAAUCCUCUUCAUCAACUUCAGUGAAAACUCCCCCAAUAGGCAAGGGGCCAACGGCAGCAUCUAUUUAUUCAAGCAAGUCUCAGACAUCGUCGUCUACCUCAGGGAAGUCGUCUGCAGGAUCUUCCAGUAGAAAUCUGCCAACGACAGGCCGCAACUCUACAGGGAGUCUGUCCAAAGGGUCUAAUGGACUGCCAUCUGGUGGAAACAAAAUGUAUUCCAGUGAGAGGAAAGGUGGGUCUCCAUCUAUUUCUGGUGGAAGAAAUACACCAAAUUCUUCUUUGAAGUCGAGUAGUUCCCUGACAAAAUCAUCUACCUCAUCCAGUAAACCCCAGUCUGGGAGCUCAACAAAUGCCGCCAAUGUGUUAUCCUUUCUCAACACAAAUGCCAGUGGAAUAGCUAGUCUACCGCCAAUACCGAAGCGGUCUGCAUCCUCGUCUUCUUCCAACAAACCUGCAUCCACACCGCUUUCUGCAGCAAAUCCUCCCUCAUCGUCAGUGUCCUCUACAUCCUCAUAUUCUUCACCUGUAAAUGCUACUGCUGCCAUGAAAUCAUCGAGUGCCAUAAACAGUAGUACCAGCACAUCAGUUUCUAAACCAAACAGUGUCUCGGGGUAUGGUGGAGGCGCUAACAAAGGGUCAGGGGUGACAUCAUUUACAACUGGUAAAGGGGGCAACCCUAUCAACAAGUCAAACAAUAAUGCCUCACUUACAAACCAAUAUUCUGUGAAUAAAUCUGUGGGCAACAAUUCCACACCCACCAGUAACACUAAUCGUAGUUCUAACAAUUCGGGCGUGUCUAGCAGGCCUUCCUCCGUGUCGGGAACAGCUAGUGACAUUAGCAACAAAAGCUCAAAUAAGUCAGGCAGUGGACCUUCUUCAGGGAACAGUUCUAAUAGCAUCUCCAACCAUAGUGUCAACAACAAAAUCUUCCCACCCAGCACUGCCUCAAACAGCUCCAACAGUAAGCCUAGCCACACUUCGUCCGUCAACAACACAGAGCGGGAACCAGCAAGGAAACAGCCAGUGGCGCCACCUCCGACUACUGUCAGCAGCAGUAGUGUCACUACAAGUGUAAGCAGUACCAGCAAUAGUACUGUAACAAGCAGUAGUACUUCUACCAGCAGUACUUCUGUCAGCAGUACUGUAACAAGUACAGUAGCUGUGCCUGCCCCAUCUGUUAGUGGAGGGAACGGUGUGCCCCCAGCCACUCACACCUCCCCCAGUGGUUCUACAGGAGGAGGGACAGCUUGUGCUAUGUCUGCCAGUGCCAUGGCCAAGGCUCGGGCCAGAAAGAGCUCUCUGUCUGCUGUCAUUGACAAGCUCACCAAGUCCAGUCAGCAAAGUGUUCAUGUCAGCAGUGUCCCCGAGGGGGCAGAGGGAUCCCCAGGGGAUGAGCGGGGUUACGAUGAUGCAUUUGAGGCAGAAGCAGAGCAGCAGGAUAGUGUGGAUGCUGCCAAGAAAUAUGUUAAUGCCCAACCUAGUGAGACGGGCAAAGGUGGGAGUAGCAAGUCCUUACAGGGCAAAGGGCGACCUGAAUCUACAGAUAGUAAAACUGCAUCCAGUAAUAGUGCACAGAAAUCCCCUGGCAACAAGGGCUGCUUAGACAGUCCUAGUAAAAAGGGUGGGGGUGGUGAAAGUUGCAAAUCGUCAGCGCCACGGGAUGGACGUAAUGAUUCUAGGAAUUUAUUUUCAUCAAUCAUGGAUAGUUUAUCAUAUGAAGAACAGACUUUGAAGGGAGAUAAAUCUGUUGGUGAAAACGAUAAAAGUGUGUCUAAUUCCAAAAGUAAUUCAUCUUCACAAGUUAUGAAUAUUGGCAGUACUCCUGAACGCGAAGGUGGGUCAGUGCCACGAGAUGCUGAUCAUCCGAGUCCUGCUAAAAAGGCAAGAACUCAAUCUCCAAAAGCAAACCCCAACAAGUUUAACGGGGAAACAUCUUCUCCUAGGGAAGGAGAAAGAAAGGGGGAGAGUGAAAAGGAUUUCUUUAAAGUGCCAACACCCAAGCCUAACAAUGUAGAAGAGAAGGACUUAGAGGACACUGAGAAUUUGGUGGUGAGGAGAAAAUCGCGGACUAGUACAACUAGACCUGUUCUUAGUCCAGCUAGUCCGGCAAGUAGUCCAGAGAACCUCAUUAUUGACUGUCAGACAAUGUCCCCACGCACACUCCAGAACAAAACCAACUCUCCACAGUGUAACCAGGACAUGUUAGUAGCUGAUGCUGUCAUAGAGAACAACAGGAGGAUCAACUCUGGCAUCAAGACUUCUAAGACUCACACCCCAUCUCCCAAAUUAAAGGGGACGCCAACGAAUUCUCCAAUAACUGUGGUGACCAAAGACCACUCCAACCCUAGCUCUGUGUCCAAUCCCUCUCCGUGCGACAUAGACGACGAUCUCAUGAAUGAGGCCAUUAUGGGCUUCAACAGCUGAAUAUGUGCUGCAAUAGUAAGGGUGUGCCUCUGUUAUUAGUCUGUUAACUUUAUAAUCACAGGAUCACUAGGUAGUAGCUGUGAUACUUCAGUAUUAUUUGGUGUUUCAGCCCAGCGCUGUUCAAAGUUGAUCAUACACUGUCAAGCAUAGUCCAUUGUAUCAAUUUUUUCUACCUAAAUUAUUUAAAAUUGAGAAAAAUUCAGUAGUAUCUUUGUGAUGUUGGAAAAAUAUUCCAGAUUUUUGUUUAUGUUGACAUAAAUGACACUUUUUGGCUUGGGGAAACAGCUUAGUUUUCAGUGGUUAAACAAUGAAAAAUAUCUCUGCAUAGAUAGUCGUUUGUACACUAUCAGAUGUACUGGCAAUUGUACAGUCGUUCAGACAUAUUGUUUAGGUUGUACACAGUUUGUUGUACACUGUAGGAUGACACGGAGCCCUACACUUUGGUAUGUACAUUAAUCUGUUGAACUAAGCUGGUCCCACACUUACAUUAUUGAAGUUGGCCUUACUAUUGAGUCCACAGGGGAAUAUAUUUAAAAUCAUUUAUAUCAAUGGCCAAGAGAUAAUCUCCCAUUGUGCUUUAGGUAAAUAAUAAAAGUUGUGCUUUUCAGAUUUGGUUAAAAUAAUCAGGUGCUUUUAGCUUUCAAAUGCCAUUUGAAAUUAAAAGUUUAAAAGGUUCUUUCAUUUUGAAUAAAGUAAAAGUGAUAUGUCAAAUUAAUAUAUUCAAACAGAAAAUGUUGUACUGGGUGUGCCUGUCAGUCUACUGGUUGGGUUGGUUUUAAGUAUCUUUGGGUUGAUAAAUGAAUAAGAGCUUAACAUGGUGAUCGUAUGAGGCAGUCCAGUAAACAGUAAAGCAAAGACCACUCAAUGUUCAUUUGCCAUAGUGCUUCUCUCACUUAUGUACAAGUGACUUCUCUCACUUAUGUACAAGUGACUUCUCUCUCUUAUAUACAAGUGACUUCUCUCUCUUAUAUAUA